AUGACUACUCCAAACCGAUCCUCAGGCCCACGACCUGAUUCUCCUUCCUCUCCCUCUGAAUCACAUCAGCGUCGUCACAACUUUGCCCAGUUCUUCCUGCCUGGUGAUCCUGGCUGGCCCUCUAGCCCGUCCAGCUCAUCUUUCAGCUUAGACCUGCGUGCUCAGACAACUGAAUCCAUCAACGACUCUGGUUCUACCUCAGCACCUCAAAACUCACACCUUGCCACAGCUGAUGCUAGCAACAACUCUGUCCCUGCUUCAGGAUCUCAACAUUCAGGCCUUUCCGCAGCUGAUCCCAGUCACAAUUUCAUUUCUGCCUCACCACUUCAAAACUCGAACCUGUCAACAACUGAUCCCAGUGACGAUUUCGUGUCUGCUUCACCACCUCAAAAUUCAAACCUUUCAACAGCUGAUCCCAGUCACGAGUUUGUUUCUGCCUCAACACCUCAAAGCUCAGCCCUUUUCAAAGCUGAUCCCAGCAACGAUUUUGUUCCUACCUCAGCUUCUCAAAAUUCAGACCUUUCCACAGCUGAUCCUAGUAACGACUCUGUUCCUGCUUCAAGUUCCCAGAAUUCAGACCUUUCUGCAACUGAGUCCAACAACGACACUGUUUCUGCCUCAGCAUCUCAAUACUCAACCCUUCCAACAGCUGACUCUAGCAACGACUCUGUUCUUGCUUCAGCAUCUCACGAUUCAAACUUCUCCACAACUGCAGCCCUCAUCGAACCACCUCUUGGCCUUCGUCGUGUGCACGCAACCACAGACUUGAAUUCCUUGCCAGAGUAUCCUCGGGUCACGGGUUCUCCUGAACGUGAUCUCAACUCUGCAAUCGUCACAUCACAAGGCGAUUCACUUGAUCCUCACAAUCAAGCAAACAACGCAUUCACUGUCACUUCAAGUUACUGGACCGACGAACCAAGUUGGGGUUUCGCGAACAUCCCAGGUGUGGCAGUGAAUUCUUCACCCGCGAACCGAGAGCGCGAAACCUCACCCAACACACAAAACUCUUCAACCUCUUCCAGCUCUGAAGACUCUCUCGACUCAUCUGAUGAAGAAGCUCUAAGCUCAGUGACAACAUAUGACAACUGCUUUCUAUAUCCAUAUUCAGAUGAGAUUGGCUUUGAUCACCCAGACAACUCCCCAGAAGCUUGGGCUGCUUUCCAGCAAGAAUUAGCGCAGCAGGGGAUCCAAAUCACAACUCCAUAUGAUCGCAAUUCCACUCCACCUCCUCAACCUUCACUCCUCCAACUGACAAUUGAACGAAUCAUCCGUGAAGAGAUCCUUGCCACCCCCUCAGCAACAGACAACAACGCAUUCAACGGCCAUGUGAUUGAAGAACUUGACGACAGCAAUCAAACCGCGUCAGAUGAUCCGACCAAUUUGGAGACAAGCCAAACAAACAAUUCCACAGAAGGACAAUCUGCCGCACCUAUCAUUCCACCAGGUCUUUCGGAACUUGACCAACGUCUCAUCCAAAUUCCGUGGAACAGAGCUCCUGGCCUUCAGCCACGUCCACUUCUCGACUACGACUUUGAAGUGACUGCAUCUCGACUUGUCAACGAAGGCAACGUCACUGUCGAUCCUCCACGCAUCGUCAAUCCUCUCUUUCCGCGUCCUGGUCAGGUGGCCAACACAGUUCAAGCUCCACGUCCAAGUGACGGUGUCAUGACCCGUCGCCUCCGUCACGAGGGCCAUCGUGCCUUCACAACAACAACAUCAUCCAUCCCAAUCAACGAGGAUGGGCCCCGUCGUGCUGUGACGGACUCCCAGGUCAUGGGAGUCCCACAGUUGCGGCGGGUGGAGCGGUCGCCAUCCCUGCGCUCCCUGGCCAGGAGCGAGGAGGCCGAGGCGAAUGAUGCCGACGCCUGGACGGAUGCGUCUGAGGAGGGUGAGGAUGAGGUUGGGGCUCCGGCCCAGGAGCAACGGCAAGCUCCUGAGGACCACUGGUCUUCAGGAGACGAGGAGAUGGACGAAGGGCGCGUCAACCUUGACGAGGUUGACGCCCCGGUUGCGGAGCAACUCCGUGCCGGGCUCGCUCACUUGAGUGAGGCCCGUGUCGAUAUCGACGUCCUCGACGGCGAUCUCCCUGUUGGCGCCUUCCGAGGCAACCCAGCGGCUAUCCGUGCCCGCGCGGGUCUCGCCACUGCAGAGGGCGAGAUCUUGGGCGCGGUUGGUCAGCUGUGGCGGUCCCUCGUGGAGGCGAGGGAGGUCGCCGUCGAUGCCCAGGAGGGGAUUCGACAGCUCCAAGACGAGGUUCGCCGCCUCACAACUGAGUACCUUGCAGCUCAGAUCGAACUCGCUCUCGCAAGAGAGCAAGCUCGUGACGAGCAGCAGUGA